AUGAUGUAUCCAUGCAAGGGUAGAGGAUCUAUUGAGCAUUGCAAGGAUGAGGAGAUGACGAGAAAGAGAGCGAGAGUGGAAGAAAAGGAGGGGUUGAAGGAAGGUGGAUAUGAUGGUGGUGAUGUUGGGAGGGGUAGUGGGGAUGGGGAUGUUGAUGUGUAUUGGAAUGGUGGUGCGGAUGGGCAUGGGCACGUGGAUGGGCAUGGGCACGUGGAUGGGCAUGGUAAUGUGGAUGGGCAUGGUCAUGUGGAUGGGCAUGGUCAUGCGGAUGGGCAUGGUAAUGUGGAUGGGCAUGGUCAUGUGGGUGGGCAUAGUCAUGUGGAUGGGCAUGGUCAUGUGGAUGGGCAUGGUCAUGUGGAUGGGCAUGGUCAUGUGGAUGGGCAUGGUCAUGCGGAUGGGCAUGGUCAUGUGGAUGGGCAUGGUCAUGCAGAUGAGCAUGGUCAUGCGGAUAAGUAUGGCAUGCUGAUGGAGGCAUGGGAGAAGGUGGGAAAGAGAUGCUGUGAGAGGCGAAUGUGCGAGCCAGUUUGUUCAAUGCAGUUGGCACUUGGUCUUGGGAAUUGUGGCAUGAGAGAGAGUGCCGGAGAGGAGAUGGAGGAGGUGGAGGAGGAGGAGAGGGCGGAGUGGGAGGGAAGGGCAGGAAGGGUGGGAAGGGAGGAAAGGGACAGUGCACGGCAUGAGAAGGAAGCGGGGCAAGAGCAUGGGGAGGAGUCUGGGAAGGAGCAAGGGAGGGAGGUCGGGAUUGAUGAUGAGAGAAGGGACAGAACGGAGAAAAGGGAGAAAAGGGAUAGAGCGAAGAGAUUUGGGGCAGUGGGGAUUAGUGACAGUCAUCGCACAGAGAUGAGGGAGUGGGGUCGGGAGCUUGGUGGGCUGUGGGAGCCACAGCAGGUGGCAUGCAACGCAGGCUCACUGUCUCCUCCUCUUGUGGCAGUGACGUAA